AUGUCCUCGAGUCGAGCUCCAUCGCCUCCUCCAGCCAUGCGAGCGAAACCCCUUCCAGCUCUGACGCACCAAGAUCCAUGGGCUCACCCUUAUAUUUGCUGUGAUGAGGAUCACUCUGCAUCCACCUCUACCUCCACCGUCUCGCUCGGCUCUGCGCCAGGCUCACACUCGCACGCACCGCACUGCCCACAUAACCAUGGUCCAAUAGGUGUCGGAAGUCGACGAGGUCGAUAUGGAGCCGAUGUAUCCUCCUCCUCUUUCUCGACAAGUAUCACACCGACAAGCUCGACACUUUCGAGUCCUCUCAUCUCUCAGAUUGGAUUGAGCAAUCCUUCACCUCCCCAAACGUCCAUCAGCUCGGGGAGUCGACCCGCUCAUAAUGUCAUGGGGAAUCAUUCCUUGGAUAUCCAGCUCAAGCAGAUAUCCCUACCGCCACCUGCGACGAGGCCUUCUGAUCCUUCGAUUAAGGCUGUUCAGGCUGAUUGUCACGACCCACAUUGUCAGCAGGAAGUCAGACAGUGUUCCGAUCCACACUGCGAUGAAGAUUUGGUUCCUUGCUCGGAUCCUCACUGCGAAGAUGAGGUAGGACCACCAUGUACGGAUCCGCACUGUGAAGGCGCUGGAGAAUGCAACAGUGACGAUGGUUCAGACGCAUGCUCAGAUCCCAAAUGCCGUGCAGACACGAUUGACGUCUGUAUGGACCCUCAAUGUGGAGGAGACAAGGCGCCGAAUGGACAGGAAGAUCCUCAUGGAUCCUUGAAAGGUUGUGUGCAUACACGCCAACGUCGGGUCGGGGCUGACGAAGGAGAGUGCUGCGGAGCGGGGAUCACAUGUUUAGAAGAGGGACACUGUCAGGAUUGCAGUAUGGAAGAGUUGGAACGAUGGGCAUGCUCGAAAGAGGGUACAAAGAUCAUUCAGCAAUACCUGGAAUGCUGUUCUCAAAUCGAUUGUACUCUACCAAUCUUCUCUCCUCCACCCAACGGCAACGCCAAUCUGUUCCCGCACACUCAUUCCGACGGUAAUGUCCACCAUCACCUCUUAUCCACCUUGCCGUCAAAUAAUGAAAACAUCAUACCUGUUCCGCCAAAUCUUAACCUCUCCCCUUGGUCGAUCCCGUUGGACGGCGACAACUCACUAUGGGCACAGCAAUACAAUACAACAGGUCCACCGAGUAUCCCUCUCGUCAAUCCUGCCAAUGUGAAUCCAGAACCGGCAGUCUCUGGUUCUUCACCGGCUGUGGUCAUUCCAACCCAUGUCUGUCAUUGGCAGAACUGUCAUCGCGUUUUCGACUCAAUGCCGGAUCUCUUGUCGCACGUAGCGAGCGACCAUCUCGGUGCCUCAGAUUUCGCCAAUAGUGCCUUGGCCGUGGCUCCAAUCUCGUCCUCGUCCGUCCAGACUAGUCAAAAGCCAAAUCUAUCGCUCUCCGCUGGCGUUGGCGUUGAUAUAGGUGCUGUGUCUACUGUCACUACUGCUGUCCCAGUGUCAUCAGAAUCCGGACCUUUCGCUCUGCCCAGCACCUCCCGCCGCCCGAGUGACAUAGACGCCCCCUCUUCCGGUCUUCCGAAACCAUCUACCAACCCUUUCUCGGGAGACCCAACGACAGAGCUGUUAUCGUGCCUCUGGGACGACUGCUUCCCCCUGUCAGAAUGUACCGCUGCUGCACCGGAAGCCUGUCCAACCCACGCUCAUAUGCCUGCACACCCCAAUGUGUCUCAUGGAUCUGUCCCCUCUCACAUGGCCGCACAUCAGCUCAGUAGCGUCUCGCAACCUUCGUCAACGUUUUCGACACCUGGUCAAGUCAGUACAGCGACGCUCGGUUCAGCUGGACCAACACCGCAUGCCCAUGUCGAACAGCCUUGGAGCCCUCAGACAAUGCUCCGACACGUCUUGGAAGAACAUCUCGGUGUACCUGGAUCCAUCAUCGGCUGGGGGUCCGAGCGGGACGUUCAACUUGGCAGUCUAUUCGGUUCGACUUCGGUACAGAAUCUAGCCACGAGUCAUCGUCAGCUACACUCGCAUUGCCACACGCCUGCUCCGAAUCAAGGUCACUCACAUGCGCAAUCACACGCUCAUACGCAUGGGCAUGCUCACCCCGCACAGUGGAAUCAUCAGCACGGCUCGCAUUACCCAAGCGCUCUUCAUUCGCACCACUCACACGACCAUCAUUUGACGGACUGUCAACCUCAUUCUCACUCUCAUCACUUGCCUACGCCUUCAACGACGCAUCAUACCCCAUCUCCACCCGCUGACGGGGACAAAUCUCAGCGCCAUGUCAAUAUGUCUCUCUUUCCCAAGAUUGAGUCAGGUCCUCAGAUGUGUUUAUGGCCUGGAUGUACUCUUCUUCACACAUUCACGUCGACCGCUAAAUUGAUGAACCAUUUAUCGGACUUGCAUGUCGGUAAAGGAAAGGAUCAGUACCUCUGUGAAUGGGAUGGAUGUAAUCGGAUGUUUAGGUCCAGACAGAAGGUCUUGCGACAUCUACAGAGCCAUACGGGACAUCGACCGUUCCAGUGUGAACUCUGUGGACAAGCUUUUGGAGAAGCGGCGCCUCUUGCUGCUCACAUGCGGAGGCAUGCGAAAGAGAGACCAUUCAAGUGCGAAUAUCCGGGAUGUGACAAGACAUUUGCGAUAUCAAGUUCGCUCACGAUUCACAUGCGUACUCACAAUGGGGAGAAGCCAUUCAUCUGUCCCCAUUGCCACAAAGGCUUCGUCGAGGCAUCCAAUUUGACCAAGCACAUCCGAACGCAUACUGGCGAGCGACCUUUUGCAUGCGCCUUCCCACACUGCAAUAAGCGAUUCUCGCGGCCUGAUCAAUUGAAGCGGCACAUGAAAGUUCACGAUGCGGAAGGGCCGGAUGACAAGGUCAUCAAGACAGUAGGCAAGAGGGUUCCGGUCGGUUGA